AGAACCGUUCCGGCGGGCUUUAUCAAUCAAUCGCAGCCCGGCGUUCGACGAGGCAACAGCUUGUAUAUUUCAAGAGUUGUUUUAAAAAAACAUACCGUUGAUUACAGUGUAAUCACGGGGAAACAAGUGAAAAAGGUUAAAAGGUGUUCUACAAAAAAGAAAGAAGGAGUUCUUUUCCGCGAGCAACGAAUUACAUAUUCAGAGCCCAAGUUCGUCCUUGUUGCUCGCGAAGUGGCCACUUGGCGUAGGCACCCCCACCACCCUCAACUCAAAGGCACUUGAACUAUAAAAUAUAUAUAUAACAGUAAAGCGAAUAAUAAAAAAAAGUGUUAGUGUGUGCUGGUUGCUGGUACUACACAUUGUUCUUGAAUAAUCCACCACAAAAAAGGACUCACGCGAACUUUUGUGCCCUAGUUCAGAUCGAUUAACCCCGUGGGGCAACAACUUCAGACCAUCAACAUGCAGAUUGUGGGCCUGUUGAUAACGGUGAUAGUGGCGGCUAUUUGCUGCGUGGGGACGGUCCGCAGUUGGCCGGUGUCGAACCCCGAAAUCGACAGCUUCAUGUUUAGCAACGCGGAACAGCAACCGGGCCCCUCGCUGCGGGAGAUUCCCCAGUGGCACUGCCUGCGGUACUUCAAGCACGACAUCCACCUGAUGAGGCGCUGCCGCAACUACCGCAUGCACAUGCUGCGCCGCCCGAACGACAUGAUCUGAGAUCCGGAGAACCUGGUCGCGGACACCCGCGAGAUGGUCCGGGGCAUCCUGCUCGAGGACUCGAUCCGGCGACCGGGCUGGGACGGCAAUUAAGGCAGAAGGUGUUAAAAAAGACUUCCUUAAAAAAGAUCUUCUCUCUCUCUUUUUGUUGUGUUGACGAAACAGAAGCGCAUGAAGUUAUAUACAAACUAAUAGUCGGUAACAAUGUGUAUAAUAUCGGAAACAGUCGUGAUAAACAUUCUUAUUAAAAAACUAGUUAAAUGUAUGAUUUGGUGGCAUAAACAAACAAUACAAUUAUCUCUAUCGUCAGUGCUAGGGAAAACAAACUAAAUUUAAACAAAACAAAAAUGCGUGGGUAGCACAAUCUAAUGAAAAUUAUCCAGUGGCAUUCAUCAAAGAACACUCAUUAUUUGGCAUUAAUCCUUGUAUGAAAAUAACACACACACACUACAUAUGUAAGAAGAUGGUGUCACACAUUUAUGUACAACUGCAUGUAAAAAAGAAAACACGCUGCUGAUGUAACGAGUGACUAUUUAUUUUUGCUGUGAAUUAAACAUUUAUCAUUGUUAGGCGAGGCUACAGAAAUUGAA